UCUCUCUCUCUCUCUCUCUCUCUCUCUAUAUAUAUAUAUAUAUAUAUAUAUGUGUGUGUGUGUAUUGAGAUAACUAAGCAGUCUCUGUUUGAGCGAAAUGGUGAAGUUAGCUUUUGGUCGUUUUGGGGAGUCUUUCAGUGUUGGGUCUCUCAAGGCUUAUUUGUCUGAGUUUAUUGCCACCCUUCUUUUCGUCUUUGCAGGCGUCGGUUCCGCCAUUGCUUACGAUAAGCUCACAUCGGAUGCAGCGUUGGACCCCUCAGGCCUUGUAGCGGUGGCGGUGGCCCAUGCAUUUGCACUCUUUGUGGGGGUGUCCAUUGCGGCCAACAUCUCCGGUGGCCAUUUGAAUCCAGCUGUCACAUUUGGAUUGGCCGUGGGAGGCAACAUAACCAUCCUAACUGGCUUUUUUUAUUGGAUUGCUCAAUGCCUAGGCUCCAUUGUUGCUUGCCUCCUCCUUCAAUUCGUCACUAAUGGCGAGAGCGUCCCAACACAUGGAGUUGCUUCAGGAAUGAGUGCAGUUGAAGGCGUGGUGAUGGAGAUUGUCAUAACCUUUGCACUUGUCUACACCGUCUAUGCCACGGCAGCUGACCCCAAAAAGGGCUCCAUCGGUAUAGUUGCACCUAUUGCAAUUGGGUUCAUUGUGGGGGCCAACAUCCUGGCUGCUGGCCCAUUUAGCGGCGGGUCGAUGAACCCGGCCCGGUCAUUCGGCCCAGCCGUCGUAACCGGAGACUUCUCCGGAAAUUGGAUCUACUGGGUUGGUCCCCUUGUUGGGGGAGGGUUGGCUGGCCUGGUAUAUGGAGACAUUUUUAUUGCCUCCUAUGCACCUCUCCCACCCUCUCAAGACUAUGCUUAA